AUGACGUCAGUGUCCGGCGAACGCGAAUCAGGUAGAAACAGAGUUCCGCCCGGCGAUUCUUACGUAAGCAAUUAUAGACGACUUAAUUAAUCAAAUUAAGAUCUGUAAAAGCCGAAAGAAUCGUAAUUGAACGAAGUAUAGUUUGGUAAAUUAAAAUCACACAAAGUAUCACUAAAUAAAGCGUAAAUUAAACUGAAAGUAGGAAAAUAGAGUUCCGGCGUCACGAUGGCGAUGCGUCGGCAAUGCACCGGAAUCUUGAGCGUUCGGGAGGAUCGUCGUGUAGUGUCCACGGCCUUGAAGGCUCUCCUUGGACAAAGACGACGUGGGCAAUCUCUAGAUCUUCUCGCGAAGUCUAGAGAUCAAUGAAGUGGGUCGUCGAAUCGUCUCCAGCGGCUGUCACCCGGCGGAGCGGAAAAAUGGCGACUUUGCAGCUCUCUGGCGGCUGUCACCCGACGGAGAGGAGCUAGAUAGAGGUGGGGCGUGUGUUAGGGAGCUUCAUCCUCAGGUCUGCGCAGCAAGAGGAGGCUCUUCAUCGCAUCUGGUACGCUCUCAAGAGGUGGCGUCUGGUCUCCCGGUGGAUCGUCCUCUUCUCGACGACGGCUUGUUUGUCGAUCAAUCAGAGAUGAUUUACUCAAUGGAUUCACGAUCCUUUUAUCGCGAAUCGUUCAGCAAUUUUAGUAGCAAUGCUCCGCAAAUCGCAUUGACGAGGUUUUCGCCGAUGAUCCAAAGAUUCUCGUUGCUUAAUCCUUCACUGGCGAUCUGCAGGAAAGUCACGAUAAUCAAAUAAAAAUAUAUGAAUUUUGACUCUAGAAGGAUUCGAACCCGCGCCGGUCGCCCGCCUCUUCUGAGGAAGGUGUGACGGCGGUUUAGUCCCACAUCGGUUGUAGCUGAUUUUUGGGGUGAAUAUAUAGUAAUGUUAGGUUUCUAAGCAAAGUCCCUUCUCUCGCGUGUAUGACCACUCCUUGCCCCACAGCUGGCUGGCCACUGGUGACGUGGAAGGGGAGUGGCGUACGCGUGCCCUGUCGGUCCCCAAGCCAAGCCGCUCGAGCUCCUACUCGUGGCUUACUCCUCGACUGCGCUUCCGACCCACUUGCCGGCACGACUGGCCGGCAGGUCCCCCCAUUUUUGUAAUAUUUUUAUUUUUAUUUCUUGUUCUUUAUUUAUCUCAAAAGUAAGACUGUAAAAAUCGUAUAAAAUCACAUAAUUACCCAAAAAUUCACAUUAAUCAAUUAAAAACCAAAAAUCAUUCUUUAACACAAAUAUAAGUUUAUUUAUCAUGAGUUAAGCCUAAAACUAUAUUAUUUACUAAUUAUUAACUCAUGAUAAUGAAGACUUAUCAACGAUCUGCCAAGAGAUGAGUCACCACCUCUUGAAAGCAUAUCGGAUGCAAUGAGGAGCCUCCUCUUGCUACGUGGACUUCAAGAUGAAGCUCUCUAACACACGUCCCACCUUCAUCCAGCUCCUCUUUGUCAGGUGAUAGCCAUCGGAGAGCUGCAAAGUCAUUGAUUUUCUACUCCACUAGGUGAUUGCCACCGAAGACGAUUUGACAACCCAUUUCAUUGAUCUCUAAAUUUUGUAAGGAGAUUUAGAGAUUGCCCACAUCAUCCUUGUCCAAGGAGAGCCUUCAAGAUUAUAGAGACUACAUGAUGAUCCUCCCAAACGCUUAAGAUUUUGAUGCAUCACUAACGUAUUGUCACAGCAAUGUCGGAACUUUGUUUUUCUACUUUUAACUUAAUUUUUACUUUAUUUAGUGAUAAUUUAUUGAUUUUAAAUUUACCAAGCUAUACUUCAUUCAAUUACGAUUCUUCUUACAAAUCUUAAUUUGAUCAAUUAAGUUGUUUGUAAUUGCUUAUAUAAGAAUCACCGGACAAAACUAUAUUUCCGUCCAAUUCGUGUUUGCCAGGCACGAACGUCAUCCUAAUGUCUACACCCUUAUUUUUCUUUUUCGUAAAUUUUAAAUAUAUUUUAUUUUCCUUUUCUAGUGUAAACUUCAUAGAAAAUAGUAUUCCUUGAGAAACAUUAUGAAUGAUUACCUGAUAUUAUAUUACAUCCAUAUGAUCAACUUGAAAAAUUAUCACUAUUUUUAGAAGUUAUAUUGAAUUAUAAUUGAUAUAUUUGUUCAGAAAUAUUUUUAAAUAUCUAAAAGUUUGUAUUUUUUAAUUUUAUAAAUUUUAAAAUUGUGUGAUUUACUAUUCAAUGACUAAGUCACAUCACAUCACUUUCUAACAAGAUAUGGCUAUAGAUCCUAAUUGAAUUUUUGGAUCAAGUCAUAAUUAGAUAGAAAUAUUGCAAUAGAUAUAAUGUAUAUUCCUAAACACCCUAACUCAGCCUAUUCAAAUCUGAAUCUUUGAAAUCUCUCAACUUCUUGAACAACUAUGUGAAUGCUUCUUGCUAGGAGACUCCACCAACCCCAUUCAAUGUAAAUGAUCCUAAGUCUACAUGAUGAUUCCACAAGAUGACCCAACCAGAUUUUUGUGGAUAAGCCCAAAGGGAACCAUUCAGUCUUCACAACAAAAAGAUCCAUCUAAGCUGUUGUGUUGUACCUCUUCCUUGACAGAAGGUUCACUAUAGUGAAUGGCAUUGGUGGAGUCCCACAGCAAGAAAGCUUUUGCAGAGUCAUUCAAGAAGGUGAGAGAUUUGAAUGGCUUUAUAGGCUGAGUCACGGUCUUAGAGAACCUUCAGGGUAUAUGUGGCAAUCUUUCCAGCUAGGUGUGAUUAGCCUUCUCUGAAAAGUGUAAACACAUUGCCAUCACAUUACCUUCCGAGAUCACAAGGAAUUUAGAAGGAAAGAUCAUGCCUAUGUUAAAUUCGACAUGCUGUCAUAUUUUUACAUUGCUGGAGAUCUCUGCUCCUAGAGGCAAGGACGACAUGAUCAUGAAAAUUAAGGAGACUGAAGCAUUCUUUGCUUUCCUUGCAGACUUGCCGACCAAAACAGAGGUGGCUAGGUGACAAGGCUAGGGCCUAUGCAGCUCAGUUAUGAUGCCUUUAACAUUGUUCAAUAGUGAUAGCAUUUCUUUUCUGGCUUGGAAUUUCAUGUUGAUAUUUGAAGUAAAUAUGAGUGACACAGUGAUAUAUCUGUAGGUUGAGAUGAGUUAAGAUGUGCACAUGUAGAGUCAAAGAGGAAUUUCUGCAUUAUUAAAGAGGUGCUCUUGAUUAUAGAAGUACUGAUUUAUUCUGUCCUAGUUUCCCCAUUCGAGGUAGGAUUUUGGAGGUAAAUAUAGUGUGCUUACUGAUGUGUUGUUUUCUCUUCGAUAAACUUUUUGGCUUGUCCCCAUUGGAUGUAUCUAUUGUUGACAUAAAGAUCAGUAUUGUUUCAACACUAUUUUGCUAGAUCAUUUCCUUAAGAUCAGUUAUUUUUAGUGGGUUGCUCCUCAAACACAUUGUGGAGUUGGCACUUGCGAUGAUAGCACUUUGGAUUUCACUCAAUUAAAAAAGUUUCUUAUUUCUUUACUGUAUGAUUCUAUCAUCUGUCUUCUUGAUCAUGCAUAUAGUUGAAACAAAAAGAAUCAUUUUUUUUGUAAUCUUGUACAAAAUCUUCUUCAAAUAAGAGGGGUAAAAGAAAUUUAUUGUGAGGCAAAAUUAACUCAUUGAGAGCCUUUUCCUUCCCUCCCUCCCACCCUCUCUAUCUUUGUCUCUCAUGUCUCACCUUGUAUUUAUAGAUAAUUUUAUUCUUAUAAUAUACUUUUCAAACUGUCAAUAUGAGUGAACCCAAUGAAAAUAUUCUCUCUAUUUGUCUAUGUCGAUUUGUAGCUCUCUCUCUCUCUCUCUCUCUCUCUCUCCUUCUCUCCCUCCCUCACUCCCUCAUCUCUCUAUAUAUUUAUGCAGCUUACAUUACAACAUAUUAUACUAAGUCUGGUACAUCAAUUGAGUAUUUAUUUACUAUUUUCUCUUUGACAUGCUUUGAGGGUGGGUACACAUAAUUAACCAAGCCUCAUGAUGAUGUAAAAUGGUAGCAUUUACUUAAUAAAUGUUCACACCCUACAUUUACCCAAAUUAAUUAUUGGGAACUGAAUUAUUAUUGUAUAAUUUCCAUACUUCACAAAGAAUAUUCAACCAUUUUAUUUUACCAUAAGGGGCCGAAAUCAACUUUUUCAUUGAUUUUGUGUUAUAUAUGUUGACCUUUUUGUUAAAGAACUGAUAAACCAAGUUCUGGAAUUGAUGACACAGCUAACACACAUGAACAACAAAUCAAUCAAAUAUUGAGUCAAAUUAUAACGGUGAUUGAACAUCCAAUGGUGAAAGCAUUUUGACAUGGAAUAGCAUAAAUAAUUUGUUUCGUAUACUCAAUUGUGUACAUAAUAGAGGGGGAGGGUUAGAGAAAACAAGUCAAUAAAACAUGCCCCCAUGGGUGUGGUUUUAAUUACACUACAGGUUGUUUGUUUGCAAUAGAUGUCAAUACAUUUGCCUAGGAUCCAAGCAAUACUGGUUCUAAACCCAUGUCAACAAAGUCAAGUCACAUAUUUGCAAGUGGACUACACACCGGUUUCAAUACAUUUCCUCUCUCACUUGCUCACUCUGUCCCCCUCUCUCUUGCUCAGUUUCUCACACUCUUUCUCUCUCCCUGCCCUCCUGUUGCUUGCUCGCUAUCUCUUUCACUCUCCUCCUCUCUUGCUUGGUUGGUCUCUGUGGUUGGAAAUCGUUGAUGUGUGACUCAGUUAAUUGUACACAGUCCUUGGUAGGUUCAGAAGCUGACACGCACUGUCCCAUCUAGUAAAGCCCACAGUCCCACAGGCCAAUGAUGACCAUGUCAUAAAAUCCAGUGCCCUGAUUCUGGAAACUGCAGUCCAUGGUGGCAAGUAACUUGAAGACCUCUUUUAAGAAACCAAUAAUAGAAGAAAAAUCAUAUUUAGUGACAUAAAUGUAUCUUAGUGUCUUGAAGUUCUGGUAGGACACUACAUUUGUAAUUUGAGGCAAUCUCUUCUCUAUGAGAACAUCCGAUAUCCCUUCUCUUUCUAUCUAUAUGUUUAUCUCUGUGUUGGGUCUCUAGAUUCGUGUGCACACAGUACCAAGUAGUUAAUAUACGUCCUCUCUCCAUCCUCCUUUUUUCUCUACAUCCAUUUGAACACCAUACAUUAGCAACAUUGCUACGCUCUCUCUCUUCCCCUCUCCUAGUAUUGUCUCCGUAUUUGCUCACUGAUAAGUCUUCAUUAUCAUGAGUUAAUAAUUAGUAAAUAAUAUAGUUUUAGCCUUAACUCAUGAUAAAUAGACUUAUAUUUGUGUUAAAGAAUGAUUUUUGGUUUUCAAUUGAUUAACGUGAAUUUUUGGGUAAUUAUGUGAUUUUAUACGAUUUUUACGGUCUUACUUUUGAGAUAAAUAAAGAACAAGAAAUAAAAAUAAAAAUAUUGCAAAAAUGAGGGGACCCGCCGUGCCCGCGAGCGGGUCGGAAGCAUAGUCGGGGAGUAAGCCGUGAGUAGGGGCUCGAGCGGCUUGGCUUUGGGACCGACAGGCACGCGUACGCCACUCCCCUUCCAUGUCACCGGUGGCCAGCCGGCUGUGGCACAAGGAGUGGUCGUACAUGCGAAAGAAGGGACUUUGCUCACAAAGCUAACAUUACUAUAUAUUCGCCCGAAAACUCGGCGUACAACCGAUGUGGGACUAAACCCACACCUUCCUCAAAAGAGGCGGGGGCGACCGGCACGGGUUCAAAUCCUCCUAGAGUCAAAAUUUAUAUAUUUUUAUCUGAUUAUUGCGACUUUCUUGCAGAUCGCCGGUGAAGGAUUAAGCAACGAGAAUCGCUGGAUCAUCGGCGAAAAUCUCGUCAACGUGAUUCGCAAAGCAUUGCUACUAAAAUUGCUGAACGAUUCGCGAUAAAAGGAUCGCGAAUCCAUCGAGUAAAUCAUCUCUGAUUGAUCGACGAACAAGCCGUCGUCGGGAAGAGGACGAUCCACCGGGAGACGUCGCCACCUCCUGAGAGCGUACCAGAUGCGAUGAAGAGCCUCCUCUUGCUGCACAGACCUGAGGAUGAAGCUCCCUAACACACGCCCCACCUCCAUCCAGCUCCUCUCCCUCGGGUGACAGCCGCCGGAGAGCCGCAAAGUCGCCGUUUUUUCCGCUCCGUCGGGUGACAGCCGCUGGAGACGAUUCGACGACCCACUUCAUUGAUCUCUAGACUUCGCGAGAAGAUCUAGAGAUUGCCCACGUCGUCUUUGUCCAAGGAGAGCCUUCGAGGCUGUGGACACUGCACGACGAUCCUCCCAAACGCUCAGGAUUCCGGUGCAUCGCCGACGCAUCGCCGCCGCGACGCUGGAACUCUAUUUUCCUGCUUUCAAUUUAAUUUACGCUUUAUUUAGUGAUACUUUGUGUGAUUUUAAUUUACCAAACUAUACUUCGUUAAAUUACGAUUCUUCCGGCUUUUACAGAUCUCAAUUUGAUUAAUUAAAUCGUCUGUAAUCGCUUACGUAAGAAUCGACGGGCAGAACUCUGUUUCCGCCUGAUUCGCGUUCGCCGGGCGCUGACGUCAUCCUGACGCCCGCACCCUUAUUUCCUUUUUUUUUCGUGAAUUUUAAAUAUAUUUCCUUUUUAUUUCUUAGUAUAAAAUUCGUAAGAAAAUCGUAUUCAUUGAGAAAAAUUCUGAAUAAUUACCAGAUAUUAUAUUACAUCCCUGUAAUCGACCUGGAAAAUUACCGCUAUUUUUGGAAUUUUUAUUGAGUUAUAAUUGAUAUAUUUAUUUUGAAAUACUUCUAAAUAUCUGAAAAUUCGUAUUUUCUAGUUUUAUAAAUUUUAUAUUUGCGUGAUUUAACAUACAACGACUGAGUCACGUCACUCACAUAUGAUCACUAGCAUUUUACUCUCCCUCUCCCAAUGUUUUGUAUCCAUGCUUGAAGCUUGUUCAAAUUAUUUUACUCAGAUCUAUUCAAUAGAAAAAAGUAUUUAAGAGUGAAGUAGACUUCAUGAUUGGUAUAUUAACACUUCAAUUAUCUAAUUGAGGUAAACAUUCAUUUGAAAUGAAACUGCAACCUAAUGAGCUAAUAGCAAAGUUUAAGGAACAGCUUAUAACUAAGAUAUUUAGACACUAUGAUGGGUAAAGAUAAUUAAUUGAUAUUUUCAUUUUAAUGGGAUGAGCAUUAUACUAUGAUAGCAUGAUUACAAUCUACUUAUCAUGCUCAAAGUAAUCAAGUGCACCUAAACAAAUGAGUAUGUUUAUAAACCCAAUGAGAAAAAUGCAUGUAAACAAAUGUCUCUUUAUCAACUUAGUUGAGUGAUGAACUUGAAUUAGAGGUUAAAUAGAUCAUCAUGAUGCAACCAAGUUCAUGUAAAUAAUAUUUAUAAAACUUCACUCUUCUAUUUAGGAUAAUUAAGGGUUGAUCUUUAGGGAGCAUGGGUAAUGAGAGUAAGAAUUCUACUUAUAUUAUUUCUUAUAUACAUAUACAUAUACUUGAGAUUGUGAAGGGCAGAAUUAAAUGUAAAAGAGUGAAGACAAGAGUUAUGAAAAAUGUGACAAAGGAGAGAAAAUAAAUCUAAUGUAAUGAAAUGAUAGAAUAAAUGGUAAAAUUAGUUCGAACUAAGAGUUAAUCCAUGGAGAGGAUUACAAGGACGUAACAAAUCUAGAUCUUGCACAAACCUUCCAACCAAUGUUUAAUCUGUGAUGAUCUUGAUGCACUCAAGGUAAUCUCUUCUUCACAAUGAUCUUGGGCAUGAGAAUGUCAUUGACUAGACCCUGAUUUUCCUCCUAUUUCCUUCGGCUAGCCACUACUAGAGAGAGAGUCAAAAAGCACCUUUUAAGUGAGAUGCGUUAAUCCUCUUGAGAGUUAGGCCCCUCUAAUGGAUGGUUAUGAUUAAUAAUUGACUCUCUUGGUGGUAUUCUAAUCCUUCUCUAUGAGAGUGGUAUUCUAAUCCUUCUCUUAAUCUCAUCUUAAGGUGUCCUAAGACGGGUGGCCUUGAUCUCAUCUCUUGAUAGCCUUUUUAAGUCCAAAUAAGCUAGGUCAAAAUGAUGCCCUCUCUUAGGCCCAUAAAGAUAUUAGGCAAGCCCUCUCCAUAAGACUUGAGCUUUCCCUUGAACUGAAGACUUGGACUUCUUCUAUUAUUUCAACUUAUAAUAAGAGCUCACUUAAGUUUUUACAAUCUAAUAAUUAUCAAAAAAAUGUGAGAGAAUCACUACUUGACUUUAUAAAAGUCAAGUGGGUUUACUCUCAUAAUAUAAAUAAAAUAAUAAAAUAAUAUAUAUUUGGACUUAAAUGAUAAAACAUUAUGAAUGUCAUAAUGAGUCAGUAACAUAUGUAUAAUUGUAUUCUCUACCUAUUGAUUAGCAUCUAUAGGUAAGAUAUUAAUACAUAGAUGCAACUACCAAUUUAUAAUUAUCAUUGAGCCUUAAAAAAAUUGAGUGAGAUGGUUCACAUUAUAUUGAAGUCAUUUAAUUUUAAAAUUAUCAGCUUUGACAAAUUUACUUGUAUACAUUAGAAUUUUAAAUUUUUUUGUAAAUUUUAAUUAUUUUUAAUCUCUUUGUAAAAUUUUAAAAGAGUUAGAAAAGUUUUUCAAGACCUUUUACGUAGUCUCCAACUCUCUUUGUCUCUCUCUUCUAUCUCUUGCACUUGGCUGGUCUUCAUCUAAACUACCCAUUUUCUUGGCUGGUUGGUCCUAGAAAAGUUGUAAUGCAUUGUGGGACCUAAUAGUAGAUGUGCACUGGGAUAUAAUAGGAUAGAGUUCAUAAAAUAGGGGCUUACCAAGUCAAAUUUUGAGAAAUGAUUUCAAGAUGUCAACGUAAAAUUACAUACAUAAUAUUUUCUCUCAAUGACUCUUCUGUGGAGAAAAUAUGUCUUCUCUAGCGAAUGACAUUGUGUUUCCAUAACUACGUGGUCUCACUUUCUCAACACGCAAUUAUAGGUACCAAACUCAAAAAUCAUCAAUUAGGAAAUCAUCCAUUGCUAAUUAUUUUGAUUCUUCUCAGUCCUCUUAAGAAUUAACAACAAAAGAUAGUGAAAAUGAUGCAUCAGAAAACCAACAUUUUUAACAAAAAACCUCAACUCACCUUCUGGCUAUCCUUUCAACAAGGCCAAUCGGCAUGCCAAAGGACCAGGUGAAGCUGCCACUUCUGGUCACCAACUGACGUGACUCAGUCGUUGUAUAUUAAAUCACGCAAAUAUAAAAUUUAUAAAACUAGAAAGUACGAAUUUUCGGAUAUUUAGAAGUAUUUCUAAAUAAAUAUAUCAAUUAUAAUUCAAUACAAAUCCCAAAAAUAGCAGUAAUUUUCCAGGUCGAUUACAGGGAUGUAAUAUAAUAUCUGGUAAUUAUUCAGAAUUUUUCUCAAUGAGUACGAUUUUCUUACAAAUUUUAUACUAGGAAAUAAAAAGGAAAUAUAUUUAAAAUUCACAAAAAAAGAGGAAAUAAGGGUGCGGACGUCAGGAUGACGUCAGCGCCCGGCGAACGCGAAUCAGGCGGAAACAGAGUUCCGCCCGGCGAUUCUUACGUAGGCGAUUACAGACGACUCAAUUAAUCAAAUUAAGAUCUGUAAAAGCCGGAAGAACCGUAGUUGAACGAAGUAUAGUUUGGUAAAUAAAAAUCAACAAAGUAUCACUAAAUGAAGCGUAAAUUAAAUUGAAAGCAGGAAAACAGAGUUCCGGCGUCGCGACGGCGAUGCGUCGGCGAUGCACCGGAAUCCUGAGCGUUCGGGAGGAUUGUCGUGCAGUGUCCACAGCCUCGAAGGCUCUCCUUGGACAAAGACGACGUGGGAAAUCUCUAGAUAAAGCAGGAAAACAGAGUUCCGGCGUCGCGACGGCGAUGCGUCGGUGAUGCACCGGAAUCCUGAGCGUUCGGGAGGGUCGUCGUGCAGUGUCCACGGCCUCGAAGGCUCUCCUUGGACAAAGACGACGUGGGCAAUCUCUAGAUAAAGCAGGAAAGCAGAGUUCCGGCGUCGCGACGGCGACGCGUCGGCGAUGCACCGGAAUCCUGAGCGUUCGGGAGGGUCGUCGUGCAGUGUCCACGGCCUCGAAGGCUCUCCUUGGACAAAGACGACUUGGGCAAUCUCUAGAUCUUCUCGCGAAGUCUAGAGACCAAUGAAGUGGGUCGUCGAAUCGUCUCCGGCGGCUGUCACCCGGCGGAGCGGAAAAACGGCGACUUUGCGGCUCUCCGGCGGCUGUCACCCGGCGGAGAGGGGCUGGAUGGAGGUGAGGCGCGUGUUAGGGAGCUUCAUCCUCAGGUCCGCGCAGCAAGAGGAGGCUCUUCAUCGCAUCUGGUACGCUCUCAGGAGGUGGCGACUGGUCUCCCGGCGGAUCGUCCUCUUCCCGACGACGGCUUGUUCGUCGAUCAAUCGGAGAUGAUUUACUUGAUGGAUUGCGAUCCUUUUAUCGCGAAUCGUUCAGAAAUUUUAGUAGCAAUGCUCCGCGAAUCGCGUUGACGAGAUUUUCGCCGAUGAUCCAGCGAUUCCGGUUGCUUAAUCCUUCACCGGCGAUCUGCAGGAAAGUCGCGAUAAUCAGUUAAAAAUAUAUGAAUUUUGACUCUGGGAGGAUUCGAACCCGCGGCGGUCGCCGGUGCCUUACAAGGUGAAUUUAGUCCCACAUCGGUUGUGCGUGGAUUAUUGGGGCGAAUAUAUAGUAAAGUUAGCUUUCUUGGCAAAGUCCUCUCGCGUGUACGACCACUCCUUGCCCCACAGCCGGCUGACCACCGGUGACGUGGAAGGGGAGUGGCACACACGUGCCCCUAUCGAUCCAAGCAAGCCACUCGAGCCCCUGCUCGCGGCUACUCCCCGACUGCGCUUCCGACCCGCUUGCGGGCCCGGCUGGCCGACGUAUCUCCCCAUUUUGCAAUAUUUUUAUUUUUAUUUCUUGUUCUUCAUUUAUCUCAAAACUAAGACUGUAAAAAUCGUAUAAAAUCACAUAAUUACCCAAAAAUUCACGUUCAUCAACUGAAAACCACUUUUCAUGCUUUAACACAAAUAUAAGUCUAUUUAUCAUGAGUUAAGGCUAAAAUUAUAUUAUUUACUAAUUAUUAACUCAUGAUAAUGAAGACUUAUCACCAACCCCCCAGUCCUCAUGCGAUGCUGCCAUGGGAAGCUGCCUGGUGCAAAUAGGUCUAUUGAUAAAGAAAAAAGCAAGUCAGUGAUACCUACCAUUCUAACAUGUAGACAUGCAGAUGAGUCUUGACAGCUACUAACAACCAAGAAAGAGUCCAGCACCACUAGUGCUUUGAGUCAAACCUUUCUAUUUCAUUGGUACUAAUUGUUCUACACAAUUCUCCCUAUUUAAGGCAGUUGUCAUUCAGUGCUGAAAUCAAGGGGGUGGAUAUGGAGCUGAUGGUCAAGUUGGUGGAUGCGCAAUAAUCUCAUCCGAUCCAACAAUAUGAGUCUGAAAAUACCCAUGAACAGCAUAGCAGCAAUCCCGAGUGUGGCCCUUCUAACCACAAUAAAAAUACUCAAAAUGGCAAUUAGAUUUGCCACAUGGCAACCUCCAUCACGUCCCUGAUCUCUAGAACCACUAGAGCGACUACUAUCAAAAGGAGUAGUAGAAGAGGUGGCAAGGACAACAAACUCAAGUAACAGAGAGGAAGCUGCUGA